AUGUCGUCGGACUUAUCCCCUACAACCAUCAUCUCGGCACUCCCCGUGCUCUUCGGAGUGACCGGCACGAGUGUCGGCAUUUACAGCUUCGUGUCUCCCUACAAUGCAAUUCGUCUUUUCGGUCUUCAAAACACAUAUACCGAAAAGGCCACUGCAUCGCAUCCUGAAGCCUUCCAGAAAUCUCUCAUCUACGCGUAUGGCUUGCGCAACAUCGGCUCGGGACUCAGCACGCUUGGUCUGUUUGCUUUUUGGCAAUUCUCGCCUAUCUGCCAAGUCAGCCCGUUAGCUGCGGCGGUGGUCCAAAGAUGUAUGGGAAUUUGUUUCAUCUGUGGAUCCCUGGUUGCAGCUGGCGAUGCAGUUGUUGCAAGGCGUUUUGCAAACCAAGAACACAUCCAGGGAGAGGCCGAGGAUAAAGCUACCAAAGCUAGCAUCAGUCACGCCGUUACUGGCGUGGUUAUCCUCGCGACAGGUCUGUUUCUAUAUCUUUGA